CGAGCACUAUUACUCUUUGUUAUUAUUUUGUAUCUGUUUUUAUUUAUUUUAUGUUCAAAAUAAAGUAUUUCAUUCAUUCAUUCAUUCAAAUUAAAGUCUUUCCUAAAUUAGAAGGUUGAAACAGUUUGGAAGAUAAAAAAAAGUCUGUAAAUUGUACAUCUUGUCUCCAAUUGUGAAGCGACUUGUCACGCUGCUUAAAGCAUCUGUCGGCCAGCAAAGGACUUAAAAGGCUCCAAAUAAGAUGAUUUGGUAACAUCAAGGCCUUCCCAGCGGUAAUGAUUACAUUUGGACUUAAGAUCCAUGCAAGAAUUUGUAGCCCAGUAAAUCUCCUGAGUCCCCAGCCCCCACGACCUCUUCAAAAGCCUUGUCAUUCAAAGGGUUAGGAUGUUUGACAAUCCCAGCUUGUACUACUCCACCAAUUAAUUGGAUACGUUGUCGAGGAUGUUCGUUUCUCUCAUCUGCUACUUAGAAAGACAAAGGGUCGAUGGGGGGGCUGUUGACACCUCUGUGUCCAGCUGGAGUAUAAAUAAAGAGGAGGCUCUGCAGAGGAGCAUGCAUUCACUCUCCUGCUGCACUUGGACCAACAACUUUCUGCAAAGACAAUCGAGAUUUUCCACUUUUUAAAAACAUCCUGCAGAAUGCAUGUGCCGAACAGACCAGUGGGAGUUUACGGAUACCCCAUGCGUAAUUACGCACCGGCAUCUCUAUACCAGCAGUACCAGGAGAGCCAGUGCGUGUCCGCAACGAAGCCUCCCAGAGGAAAAUCCUUCACCAUUGAUGCUUUGCUCGCCAAGCCGGAGGACACAACCAGCUGCAGGGCGAGUCCUCCUCAGUGUGGAGACAAAUACCAACCAGGAGGUCCAGUUCUACCUCUCAGUGGACCGAUGGCACCUUACGUCUACUCUCCAAACAUGUUGCACCAUGCACAACCCGGAUACUCAGUCUACUGCUGCCCGCCUUUCACCUACCAGUCAUCCUGUCGAGGAGCCUUUUACGCACAAGCUUCAAUGUCUAAAGUGAACGCAGGGCUGCACUCCUUCAAGACUAAAGGUGGGAAGUCGAAGCGGAUGCGCACCAGCUUCACCAGCGAGCAGCUGUCCAGACUGGAAAAGGAGUUUGCUCGGCAGCAGUACAUGGUGGGAUCCGAGAGGUUCCUCCUGGCCUCGGCUCUGCAGCUCACUGAAGCUCAGGUCAAAGUCUGGUUCCAGAACCGACGAAUCAAGUGGCGCAAACAGAGUCUGGAGCAGCAGCAGGCCAAGCUGGCCAAACUGGGCCUGGCUGCUCCGCCGAAGAGUCCCGGAUCUCAAGGCCACGGUGAUGAAGGAGACGAGGAGGAGGAUGAGGAGUUCUCUGACCUGGACGUGGACAUCGACGUGUCUGAUGACUCCACUGACCACUGUUGACCGAAAACCGCUGGACUCUUUGAGAUGAAAGACUUUUUGUACAUAUAUACUGCUGAGAAAGGAGGCCUGUGUCUCCAACUAUGAAUAUUUAAUAGAUGUAUAGUUAUAUAUUUAAUUUUUCUUGCUCUUUGAUAAGUUCACUUCAUGUGUUUUUGUACAUUGAAAUGAAUGAAAUAUUCAGAAAUAUAUUUUAUGACAUUAAUGGCAAUGUUGUCCUGUUCAUUCCUUCUUAUUCAGCCAAGUGUUAGAAAAGG